CGUGGCCUUCGCUCACGACCUUCCCAACCCAAAGCAACCGAAAGGACGAACUAAAGAAAAGAAGGCGCCAGAGAAAGAGAAACGAAUAACCCAGCGACGGUGGAGGGGUUUCGAAUUCCCGGUAUUUCAGUUUCCGCGGAUUCCGUUUUCCUCUAAUGAAGUUGCUUAAACUCUGUUAGCAUCCCAGAAAGAGAGAGGGGGCUUCGAGAGUGAGAGAGAGAGAUGGAAGGGUCUUCGAGAGAGAGAGAGGUCGAGGGGGAGGUGGAGGUGGAGGGGAUUUCGAAGGAGGCGCAGAUAUCAAUAGCGGCGUCGAUGAUGUUCCCGGGGUUUCGGUUCUCGCCGACGGACGAGGAAUUGAUUUCCUACUACCUGAAGAAGAAGAUAGAGGGGUCUGAGAAGAGCGUGGAAGUGAUUUCCGAGAUUGAAAUUUGUAGACACGAGCCUUGGGACUUACCAGCCAAAGCGGUCAUUCAAUCAGAUACUGAAUGGUUCUUCUUUUCUCCUCGUGGAAGAAAGUAUCCAAAUGGCUCACAAAGUAAGAGGGCAACUGAAUUGGGUUAUUGGAAAGCCACUGGGAAAGAACGAAAUGUGAAGUCAGGUCCCAACGUAAUAGGUACGAAGAGGACUCUAGUGUUCCACAUAGGUCGUGCACCAAGAGGGGAAAGGACAGAAUGGAUUAUGCAUGAAUACUGCAUGCCCGAGAGUCUCCAGAUGCAGGAUUCUUUGGUUGUUUGUCGCCUCCGGAAGAACACUGAGUUCCGCCCAAGUGAUUCUUCAACCCCAGCUUUUUCUAGUCAAAGGCAUUUGCCAAACAGUAAUAACGCAGUCUCGGGAUUGUCCGAGGGGGACAGGGCAGUUGGUAGCAGUAAUGAUUCUUAUUCCAUUGAGCAGAUUGAUUCCACAUCAGAAUCUGAUCGGAAACGAACAAAUGAUUCUACUCUGGCGGAAACUUCCAGUCAACAAAUUGAAACUCCCAUCGAAGAUGAUUUAUUUGCUGAGAUACUGAAAGAUGACAUCAUUAAGCUAGACGAAUCUUCUCUAUCUGCUUCUCCUGGAUUCCUACCAAUGGUGACUAAUAUGUCUGAGGCUGAGAGUAAAGCUCAAGAACCACUGCAAGCGAUUGUUUCACGGGUGAUUCCUUUACAAGGCACGGCGAAUCGAAGAAUCAAAUUACGAAAGCAAGGAUCUGGGACGUUUCCCGCAGAGUCAUCGGAAUCUUUGGAAACUGGUAAUGACAACUGCUUUGUAGAGAAAGGUAGACAUCCAUCAAACCAAGAGGAGUCACAAAAAUGUGUGUUGGGUAUACCCUUUCCCAGAACAAGCAAUACUUGGCGAGCAUCUAUAGUUUUUGUUAUUUUGACUUUGCUAGCUUUGUUUCUGUCUUUGUUGGGAGGUUGCCGGCAAGCCAGAAGGAUAACAUAUUCCACUGUUUAUGAGCACUUUUGGCAGCGGAUGUAAAAAUGUCAGACUAAUCAGAUUGGGUCGUUUCCACACCCAAUGUCAUAGUAAUUGAAUGCUUAAAUAGCCAAAAGAGCAUGGUGUUUUAUAA